CUCUCUCUCUCGCGCACUCAAAAGACACACACACACACACACUCUCUCUCUCUCUCUCUCUCUCUCUCUCUACUGGAGACCAGAAACUCCAAGUUCCAGACACCACAGACAGCGACGUUUUUGUAUAUGCUCAACUCUGCUAUAUCAAAAACCAGACUAGACCCUAAAAAACUAUAUACUCGGAGACGCUUACAUUACAGUAAUGGUUGCUGGAAAGGUCAGGUUGGCAAUGGGUCUGCAGAAGUCGCCAGCGCAUCCCAAAACUGAAACGCCGCCCAAGCCGCCUCUUCCUUCUCCCAGCUCCGGGAAAGUCGCCCCACAGAAGGCUGUCUUCUCACGUUCUUUCGGUGUUUAUUUCCCACGUUCCUCCGUCCAGGUCCAGCCCCGUCCUCCUGAUGUUGCUGAGCUUUUACGCCUUGUCGAAGAGCUCCGCGUCCGAGAAUCUAGACUAAAAACGGAGCUUCUUGAGUUCAAGCUGUUGAAAGAGAGCGUCGCUAUAGUUCCUGUACUGGAGAAUGAGAUUUCAACAAAAAAUGCAGAACUUGAAAAGGCAGUGAUGAAGAUGGAGUGCUUGGAGAGUGAAAAUGAGAGGCUCAGAACAGAGUGGAGCGAAGCGAAGGUUAAGUUUGAAGUAGAGAUGAGAGAAAGCGAGAAGAAGAUCAGGGCCUUGGAGGCAGAGAUUGUGGAGCUGAAGAAAACGUUGUCGGAUAAAGAAAGUGAAGAGCUUUCGUCUUCGCAGAGGUUUCAAGGGUUAAUGGACUUCUCCACGAAGUCUAAUCUGAUCAGGAAUUUGAAAAAGGGAGUGAAAUGUAUGGACAUUGCAAGUGCAAGUCAUGAGACUCACAAUCAAAAGUCUGAAACUUUAGAUUCCAAGAAAGACGAAGUGGACGUAGAGAAACCGAGGCACUCUAGAUGCAACUCGGAGGAACUCGUCUACUCGACUCUGUCUAACCUGAGAUCUCGCGUUCCUAGAGUUCCUAAACCACCGCCGAAACGAUCGUCAUCGUCAAACUCUUUAUCCUCAUCAACAUCAUCUAGCGUCUCUGAUCAAUCCGUUUCAGCACCCCCGCCACCACCUCCACCUCCACCUCCCCCUCCAGCCGCGGUCAAACCACCUGCCCCGCCACCACCUCCGCCUCCGCCAAAGGGUACGAGAAUGGGGCCCGCUAAGGUCAGGAGAGUGCCAGAGGUAGUGGAGUUUUAUCACUCUCUGAUGCGGAGAGAUUCUCGGAGGGAGUCUGGUACCGGAGCGCCGGAUGUGUUACCGGCAACCGCCAAUGCUCGCGACAUGAUAGGGGAAAUCGAGAACAGGUCGACGCAUUUGCUGGCGAUAAAAACAGAUGUAGAAACACAGGGAGAUUUCAUAAGGUUUUUGAUCAAAGAAGUCGAGAACGCUGCAUUUACAGACAUUGAAGAUGUGGUGCCUUUUGUUAAAUGGCUCGAUGAUGAGCUAUCCUAUCUGGUGGAUGAAAGAGCUGUGCUUAAGCAUUUUGAUUGGCCAGAGCAGAAGGCAGAUGCAUUGCGUGAGGCUUCUUUUGGUUAUUGUGAUCUCAAGAAGUUAGAAUCGGAGGCUUCAUCUUUUCGUGAUGAUGCUCGUCAGCCAUGUGGUCCUGCUCUCAAGAAAAUGCAAGCUUUGCUUGAAAAAUUAGAGCAUGGUGUUUACAAUUUAUCAAGAAUGAGAGAAUCUGCGACAAACAGAUACAAGGGAUUUCAAAUUCCUAUGGAUUGGAUGCUUGAAACUGGAAUUGUAAGCCAGAUCAAGUUGGCUUCUGUAAAACUAGCAAUGAAGUAUAUGAAGAGGGUAUCUGCAGAGCUUGAAACUGUUGGUGGUGGGCCUGAAGAAGAAGAGCUGAUAGUACAAGGUGUUAGGUUUGCCUUCCGGGUACAUCAGUUUGCUGGAGGAUUUGAUGUGGAAACGAUGAGGGCAUUCCAAGAGCUAAGAGAUAAAGCCAGAUCAUGUCAUGUACAAUGCCAAAGCCAGCAACAGCAGAAAUUAGUAUGCAGGCCUACACCUUGCUAAUAAUCUGUAGCAAACUCAGCUUCAGAAUGGCUGCCAGUUUUUUGCUGUGAAGAUAGAGAACGUUAUGUUUGUUAAUACCGUGGUUAUGGCCAUCUCAGAAUGAAGAUUUAUUGAUCAA